AUGCAGGCCGUGCUCUGGCGAUCAGAAGGUGCAGGCAAGGUAUGUGAGCCAAGUAUGGAAAGUAGGGUUGCAAUUGUUAUAAAACUUAUGGUAGAUGAUGAUGGGAAGGGAAUGAGGGUGAGGGCCAGGGAGUUGAAGGAGAAAAUAGAAGUUAGUAUGAAGGGUGGCUCUACCUACCAUUCCUUGAAUGAGCUUGUGGAGCUUAUUUACAGCUGUGUUUUUUUCUCAACUAAAAGUCCUUUCUAG